AUGUCCUUCCCUAACGACACCCUAGUGGUGGAUUUCAUUCUCCUGGGACUCACAGAUGACCCUGCGCUGGAGAAGGCACUCUUUGGGCUGUUCCUGCUGGUCUACCUGAUCACGCUGGCAGGAAAUCUGUGCAUGAUCCUGCUCAUCAGAGCCACGCCGCACCUGCAGACCCCCAUGUACUUCUUCCUGGGCCACCUCUCCUUCGUGGACAUCUGCUACUCCUCCAACGUCACUCCGAACAUGCUGCACAGCCUCCUUUCCGGGUGGAAGGCCAUUUCCCGGGCAGGCUGCUUCACUCAGUGCCUCCUCUUCAUCGCGCUGGUCAUCACCGAGUUCUACAUGCUGGCGUGCAUGGCCCUGGACCGCUACGUGGCCAUCUGCAGCCCUCUGCACUACAGCAGCAGGAUGAACAGGCGCGUCUGCGUCUCUCUCGUCGCCUUCCCCUAUCUGUUCGGCUUCCUCAACGGCCUCUCUCAGGCCCUGCUGACUUUCCACCUGUCCUUCUGUGGCUCCCUCGAAAUCAAGCACUUCUACUGUGCGGACCCUCCGCUCAUAGUGCUGGCCUGCUCGGACACACGAGUCAAAGAGAUGGCGAUGUUCGUCGUGGCUGGUUUUACCUUGUCAAGCUCUCUCUUCAUCGUUCUCCUGUCCUACGUGUUCAUUUUCGUAGCCAUCCUGAAGAUUCGAUCUGCAGAAGGCAGGCGCAAGGCCUUUUCUACCUGUGGCUCCCACCUGACCACGGUCACCAUAUUUUAUGGAACCCUGAUCUGCAUGUACCUGCGACCUCCGUCAGAGAAGUCUGUGGAAGAGUCCAAAGUGAUCUCCGUGUUUUACACUUUUCUGAGCCCAAUGCUGAACCCGUUGAUCUAUAGCUUAAGGAACAAGGAUGUGAUCCGGGCCAUGAAGGUCUUGUCCAAAGGAAACUUGUUUCAGAAAAUUACAGUUUAG